AUUAUUAACAUGCAGUGAUCGUUCUUAUACUGUAUUUAGCAAUAGCCGAAUUGAAUGCAAAGAUAAAUACACUAGAUCGUGACCUUGAAGCUGCUCUAGAGCAAUGGACCGCUUCAAUCGCUGGUCAGAUUAAGGAAGUGGAAUUAAUAUCAUUUCAGCAGAAGCAACUGAGAAGCCUAAGACUAAGAAUCAUUGGUAUGUAGGAUUUUUAUUUUUAAGCUAUUACCUGCUUUGUUUAUAUAUUCAUCUAAUAUAUUUGGUGGGCUUUAGAUUUGAGCAAUGAGGUCGCACAACUCCAAGAUGAUAAUGGGAGCCUACUGGAAAAAAUAUCUCGAAUUCAAAGGAAACUUUGGUAUGAUAUUUCAUUUCUUUCGCCUUCCAUUAUAUUGUAAUUUGAAGCUAGCGCUAAUAUUUGGCUAUUUGGCUAUUUGGCUAUUUAGUGAGCAGCUAGAAGUCAAUCGAAAACUGGAAAAGGAUCUCAAGGCGGUUGAAGCGGUAGAGGAGAAAGCAGCAGAGGAGGCGAAGAAGGCAGAGGAGGAAGCGGCAGAGGAGGCAAAGAAAGCAGAGGAAGCGGCAGAGGAGGCGGCACAGGAGGAGGAGGCGGAGGUGGAGGAGGCGAAGAGGGCGGCAGCAAAGAUGAAAAAUGCCCAAAAGAAAAGUAAUACACAAAAUAUUUCAAACAGCAACAAGCAUAGACCACUAAAAAGACAAUCAUCAGAGCUAUCGAUUCCAUCGCAAAGGGUGAGGAAACCUCGCAUUCAACCUCCAUCAACGUCCCAUGAAUCGGAUAUUGAAAAAGAAAGAAUCAAGGCAGAUCUUCGCAAGACAGAGCUCAAAGCAGAUAUUAUCAGAGCAUGUAUAGAAAAAAACAAGAUAGAUGACAUUCCAAAAAUGUUGGCUUUUCUUGACUAGCAGAAAGAACUUUUUUUUUUUACGUGUGUGUAUUUUUCUACUUUUUUUUCUCAAUUUAAUUGCUUUCUUUCCUUUUUAAUGUGUAUUUCUUCCUGCUUACUUUAAUGUUUUCUACCAUAUUUUUUUUCUUUCCAUUUUUUUUAAAUAAAAAAAUCUUUCAUUUCGGUUUUGCACUA